AACGCAACUAUCGUGCGCGCAGUACAGUCAAAACACAACGCUCGACCAAAAACGUGCUCGUCGAAAUAUAUCCUCGCCUCUGUUUUGAGAUAACAGCUUGUGACAAUUCGCGGGUGGGUAGUAAAAUGUGCACAUCGUUUAGGCUCCUCGUUGUCGACGAGCCUUCAUUAGCGCACAGCGUGAGAACGGAAGCGGACGGUCGCACGCGACGAAUGAACGAUACGCCGCGCGGCAGGAGCAGCAGGACAAGCAGGACGAACGUCGGAAGCAUUUACGCCGACGACGGCUUCCACAGUGUGUUUAACAUAGAAGAGGAAUAGAAACAAUAUCACAACACAACCGUAACAAAUUUUUAUUAAAACAGUUGAAGGUUGUUCAAAGUUUUUCACGAAACAAAAUUCAAAGUUAAACAAGUUUAAACAAGCGAAACAAAACACCCGAAAAAAAACACACACAAAGUUGAAAGUUUAACUGCAGAAAAGUUGGUGCGGACGCAUAUUUUAUUCAAAGAUUGUGAGUACGGAACUUUUGCGGUGUGAAAUCGGUGGGAUAACAACGCGACAAUCAUGAUGGAACAAGGCAGCAACAAGAACAAGAUGUAUUGUCUUAUAACUCAGGCGAAUUCCGUGGUCGUCGAAGUGGCGGUUGAUUCCAAGGCCAUCGGGCAGGAAUGUCUCGAAAGGGUGUGUGAAUAUUUGGGCAUCUCGAAAGAAUCCGAUUACUUUGGGUUGAAGUACACUGUCAAUAAAGGUGAAGAACUUUGGCUGAAUCUACGCAACCCAAUUGAAACACAGAAAGGCGCACGCACACACAAUUCUCAACCGCGAUUUGCGUUGAGGGUGAAAUUUUGGGUACCACCACAUUUACUGCUUCAAGAAAAGACUAGACAUCAGUUUUACCUCCACGCAAAGCUGGACUUGAUCGAGAAACGCCUCAUCGCUCCCGAUUGGAACGUCGUCGCCCGAUUGAUUGCACACAUCGCGCAAGCUGAGAAUGGCGACUAUGAUCCACAACAUCCGCCGCUGCACGUGUACCAACAGUGCAUGUCUAUUACGAAAAUGGACCCUGAUGAUAAACCGGCCGAUCUGCUCAAGCGCGCGAUUGCGAUUCAUCGCAGUCUCGCCGGGAUGAAAGCUUCCACUGCUGAGUAUUGGUUGCUGCACCAAGUUGCUACUCUUGAAGGUUUCGGACAGGAAAUCUUUGCCGGUGCUAUGGGUACCAUCUUGGGCGUGGGCCCGCAUGGAAUUUCGGUGUAUGCUAAGGACGCUGACAAGCAGGUGAUCCCUUUCACUGCGAUUCAGAAUGCCAAGGCGAUCAAACGCAACUUUAAGCUCACCUACGUUGGACAGGACAAUAUCGAGCAUUCGCUUGAUAUGAAAUUUGCCAGUAUUCACUGCGCGAGUAGUCUUUAUAGGGCCAUCACCGAGAAACACGCUUUUUAUAGUUGUGAGACCGUACGGAGUGCGGUGACCGCGCAGUUUGUGCGAGAUUUGAAGGGGACAAUUGUGUCGAUCUUCAAUGAGGACUCCAGUUUGGGGAAGAAUUACGUUUUCGAUAUUAGGAGGACCUGUAGGGAGGUGUACGAUGAUGCUCGGCGGGCUUUGUAUUCGGAGUCGAUUGGGAUGACUAUUCCGAUGGCUGAUAGUGAUAUGGAUGAGAAUCGGACGUGCAAUGGGAGUAAUUGUAAAGAGUCUCAAAAGUAUGCAAGAUUGUUGGAUGCGAUGACAUGCUGCAUCUGCAUGGACGCCGCCAUCGACGCCUUGUUCCAACCCUGCCGGCACGCCAUUGCGUGUCUCACCUGUGCCGAGCAGUGUGAACGCUGCCCAUUUUGCCGAGCGAACAUCUCCGAAGCGCAGCGCAUCUACUUCCAAGGCGAAGUUAGUGCGGCUGCUGCUCAAAGGGCUGCCGCCCAACCCUGAAGACGUUUAGUGAUUGAUAAAUUAACUUCUAAGUGACAAGAUCUCUCCUCUUAUUGAUAAGCUACAAUGAUGCGAAGAUGGACGUUCGAGAUAUGACGACUUUAAGAAUUUAGAAUUUAACGAAUUACAAUAUUAAUUUUAAUCGUUGAUGUAAAACGAUAUAGUCAUGAUAUCAAUGCAAAUUGUUUCUAAGUUAAUCUAUAUUUAGCAUGUUUAGUUAUAUUAUAUAUGCUGUAUAUUAAUGCAAUAUCAAGUUAUUUUUUAAGUUUAUGAUUUGUGACGAGAUGCGUGCGAGAUUAUGCUAGUAUUCUUUUGUAUAAUGGAGUAAUGCUUUCAUAGCGUAGCGUUAAAAUUGAUGGUGAUAACGAGCGACUUUUGAGUGUACAGAUUUUGAAAAAGUACGCGUCCCGAAUGUGAUAUAUUUUUUUCUUUAAACGUUUAUUAUAAAAGUUUCAAUUGGA